AUGCCGCAGUCUUCCGUAGCUGUAAGCAGAGAGCCAAAGAUAAGGCGUCAGACGGAACUACAGAGCAUCGCUCGAACGCGGGUGACCCAGCGGCUGGCCCAACGUCUCACCCUAGACUACAUAGCCAAACCGCCCUCUACUGGGAUAGACGCAAGAUCUGACUCGAUCCACACGUCUCUGUACGACGGCAGCGACCACCGCAUCGUGCUACGCGACCACGAAUACCUCGCUCACCCGUUCGCCAUCACGCUGUUCGAGAGCAAGGUCUACUGGACGGACUGGCGAGUCAACCUGCUCAUUAGCGCGGACAAGUGGCAUGGUCGCAACGUCAGCGAGGUUACGCAUACGAUAACGCAGCCGUUCGAUAUACACAUCUAUCACCCAUCCCGACAACCAUAUGCGAAGAAUCCGUGUGCGGUGGACAACGGCGGCUGCUCACAGCUCUGCCUCAUCAGCUUCAACAAGACGUCGGGCUGCCGCUGCGCUUACCUCUUCACGAUGACUGAGGACGGCAAGGCCUGCAAGCCUUUGAAGGAGUUUCUGCUGUACAGUCAGCAGAAGGAGAUCCUGGGCAUCAGUCUACGUCCACCCUACUACACGGUGAUGCCCUCUAUAACGGCCGUCGACAACGUGUCGUCGGUAGACUAUGACACGCGCGAUGAGCAGCUCUACUGGACCGACGUCACGUCGAGCAAGAUCAGUCGCAUCCACACGAACGGCACCGAGCAGCAUGUGCUCGUGGAUACGGGCAUCCCGAACCCAUUCGCGUUUGCCAUCGACUGGAUAUCCCGCAACAUGUUUUUCGGUUCCUAUGACAACCGGAAGCAGCGGAUCAGCGUCAGCACGCUGGACGGAGAGUAUCGGAUGGUGAUCGUCAAGAGCAACCUCAGCCAGCCGAACUCACUUGCUGUGCAUCCCAUAGAAGGGAAGCUGUAUUGGACAGACAUCGGCGAUCCCUCGCCACGUGUGGAGAUGGCCAGCAUGGACGGAACCAACCGACAAGUCAUUGUCACCCAAGAGCAGAACGGUCACCUCCAGUAUCCCACGAGCAUCACUGUGGACUACGCUGCGGGGCGCGUCUACUGGGCGAACAUGCAGGAUCACAGCAUCCACCACUGCAACCUGCAUGGCGAUGACAUCCGAAUACUGUCCGUGUCGCCUCUCAACUUCCCCUGCGCUCUCACCAUCAGGCAGGACAGGCUGUAUUACGCGAACCGCGGCAACGGGCUAAUGGUGUCCGUCGACAAGAGAACAGGCGACGACCUCGAGAUCAUCAGCAACACGUCGGCGAACGUGAUGUCACUGCGCAUGUUCGACGUCAACGCGAGAGCAGGGAUGGUGGAAAACAGCUGCGCGCCGAACAACGGCAACUGCACGCAGCUGUGCCUGCCGACGGCGCGCGGGCAACACGUGUGCAAGUGCACCGCAGGUUUUACACUCAACAAACAGCAAGCAUGCACGGGCAUCGAGUCGUUCCUCAUGUAUUCGAUGAGCAACGAGAUAGCGGGAAUCUCGCUCGACCCCAACGACACGACGCUGGAGGCCCUCGCGCCGAUAUCGGGCGUCACCGACGUUCCCGUCGUCGACUUCCACGCUGAGGGGCUGUCGCGGCUAGUUGAUCACAACCCGCUGUUCCAGAUGUCCGUCGUGUCGGACUACAUCUUCUGGGCGGACACGACGACCGGCUCGAUCUCGCGCAUCCGCCGCGACCUGACCUCGCGCGAGGACAUCGUCAGCGAGGGCGUCGGGGCCGUGCUCGGCAUCGCCGUCGACUGGAUAGCCGAACACGUCUACUGGACGGACCGUGACCUUGGUCUGAUCGAGGUGUGCAGGCUCAACGGAUCGUCGCGAUACGUCGUGCUGUCUGACCUGAGGCAGCCUCGCAGCAUCGCCCUGCACCCCGUCGCAGGCUACCUGUUCUGGACGGCGGAGGAGGGUCAGCUGAUCGAGCGCGCGCGGCUCGACGGCACAGAGCGCGCCACCAUCGUCAACAGCACAUACCAAGAUGGCCGCUUCAUCCGCGACCUUGCCAUCGACUACGACGAGCAGAUGCUCUACUGGUGCGACAUGCGGCGCAAUACGGUCGAGAAGAUUCGAUUCGACGGCAGCGGUCACGUGAUUAUCAUCGAGAGCGAGAACGGUGACCCUGUGACCUUGACCGUGUUCGCCGGAUACCUGUACUGGGUCGACUGGGUCGUCGACGGUGGCUCCAUACGACGCAUCGACAAGAACAAUGAGUCGGACAUCGUGAUACUGCGCAAGGACAUGAGUACCACCGUCAAGGACAUACAGGUGUUUGACAAGAGUUUGCAGACAGGAACGAACGUGUGUGCGGCUAAGGCGGGCAACGGCGGAUGUCAGGAGCUGUGUUUUCACGUGGGCAAGGAGACUCCUCACUGCGCAUGCUCACACGGACGCAUCGCCACCGACGGCAAGUCCUGCGAACCGUACGACGCGUUCAUUGUUUACUCGGGUGGCGACCGCAUCGAGAGCAUCAACAUCUUCGACGCAGCGAACAAGAACAGUCCGUGGGCUGCGAUACGCAACGAGACGUACAUGAAGAAUGUUAUCGCGGUCGCGUUCGACUUUGCCAACCGCCGCUUGUUUUACAGCGACAUCACGCUCGGAAACAUACAGAGCGUCGGGUUCGACGGCACCGAUCGCACGAUUAUCGCGCCGAACCAGGGCCGUCCGGAGGGGCUGGCGUACGCUGACGAACACAUGGACCUGUACUGGACGAGUUACAACACGCAAACGAUCAGUCGUGUCAACCUGAAGCCGGGCCUGCGCGGCCGCGUGGAGCGCGUGCUCAAGCUGGACGAGAGUGACCGGCCGCGCUCGAUCGCCAUCGACACCUGUAACAGCUACAUGUACUGGACGAACUGGAACGACCAGAGCCCCAGCAUCCAGCGAUCGUUUCUCAGCGGCUACCACGUCGAGUCGAUCGUGACGACGGAUAUCCGAAUCCCGAACGCUCUCACCGUCGACCACCCAGCGAAGAAGCUGUACUGGGCGGACGCGCGGCUGGACAAGCUGGAGCGAUGCAACAUGGACGGCACGGGUCGCAAGGUGAUCCUGACACUGCGCAGCACCAGCCACCCGUUCGGGCUGGCCGUGUAUGGCGACAUGCUGUACUUCACCGACUGGGGAUCGCGCGCGGUCAUGCAGGUGGAGAAGUACUACGGAGCCGGACUCGUCACGCUGCGAGACAAAAUACCGCGCCAGCCAAUGGGCCUCGUAGUGGUCGCCAACAACACCAACGACUGUUCGAGUCACCUGUGUCACCGUGGCAACGGAGGCUGCGAGGACGUGUGUUUGACGGAUGCGUACGGCAGCGUGGUGUGCGCCUGUAACCCGGGACGCGUGCUACUCAAUGCGACGCACUGCCGCGCCAUACAGUGCGACAACGGAAACUGCAUGGACAACCACCAGUGCAGGCAGGAUGAGUUUGCGUGCAAGGGAGGCCUGUGCAUUCGCUUUGAGUUCACGUGUGACCGCACGGUGCACUGUCCCCAUGGCGAUGACGAGGACCCUCAGUACUGCGGUCAGCGAUGGUGUCCUGUUGGCUUCUUCCACUGCGACGAGGGACGCUGCCUGCCGGAGAAGCUGCGAUGCGAUGGAAAGUACGACUGCACCGACUUCGUGGACGAGGACGAGUGUGCAUGUGAGGAGGAUGAGUUUAAGUGCACGAGUGGCAUGUGCAUACUGCAGGAACACAAGUGUGACUUCACACCGGACUGUCCGGACGCCAGCGACGAGAUGGGCUGUCCCCACCGCGACUGCAGCGAGCACGUAGAGGGUGCGGACGCGACGAGCAAACUCAUCAACUGCAACGCGACGACGGCGUGCAUACUGGAGGAGUGGCGAUGCAACGGUCAGAACGACUGCUGGGACAACAGUGACGAGGUCGGCUGCCCCCCACACGUGCCAACGACUUGCGACGGCGAUCAGUUCACGUGCGAGGACGGCGAGUGUCUCGCUAUAGACUGGGUCUGCGACAGCGAGGACGAUUGCGAGGACGGCAGCGACGAACGCAACUGCAGCUACACGUGCCAGGAGGACAAGUUCAAGUGUGAUAACUCGGGUUGCAUUAGCCGCACCUGGGUCUGCGACGGACACGACGACUGCGGAGACGCGUCAGACGAGGGAGACCAGUGCAAGACGCGCACGUGCGACGAGACAGAGUUCCAGUGUCCCGGCACCGGUCGCUGCAUUCCAGACACAUGGCGCUGCGAUGGGGACAACGACUGCGGAGGGGAGAACCCAGCAGACGAGAGCGCGGAGGAAGGAUGCGAGUAUGAGCCGUGCUACAAGGACUACUUUGAGUGUGCGAACCAUCACUGCGUGCCCGUCGCGUGGAAGUGUAACGGCUUUAACGAGUGCGGCGACCAGAGUGACGAAGAUGAGAGCAUAUGCAACCCGCAGCUGAACAAGACGUGUCAGGGUGAGGAUGAGUAUCAGUGCAGCAACGGAGUCUGCAUCGCUGAGGAGUUGCUAUGCAACGGUUGGGACGACUGCGGUGACUCGUCCGACGAACUGCUAUGCAACGCGUUUCAACGAGAUGGCGCGGAGCAAUGCGUGCCGGCAGGCCUGCGGAGGAUCUCAAGUCGGAUACCGCUGCAAGUGCCAGCCCGGAUUCCGGCUUGCCGCCGACCAGCACAUGUGCAAGGACAUUGAUGAGUGUGAGGAGGUGAUG